GUCUGGCAGGGCCUGGACGUGGUCAAGACCGUUCGCACGAUGAUUGGGGAGACUAACCCAGCUGAUUCCAGGCCUGGCACCAUCCGAGGAGACUUCUGCCUUGAAGUCAGCAAGAACGUGAUCCAUGGCAGCGACUCGGUUGAGAGCGCCCAGCAGGAGAUCUCCCUGUGGUUCCGGCCAGAGGAGCUGACCUGCUGGCAGGACACAGCCGAGCACUGGAUCUACGAGUGA